AUGGUUAAAAAACAUAAAAAAAAUCGUACUUGUGAAUGCUGUGGUCUCUCUCUUUCAACACCACAAAAACUUCGUCAACAUUAUGCUAAAAUUGGUGAAAGCAGUCAUUCAGAGGUUAACUCAUCUCCAGAGGCUAAAAGAGAAUAUCUCGAAGCAUUAAGAAUAUUAGAACCUAUUCCGCAAUUUCAUCAAAUGGAUAUUAUUAGUUCAGGAUGUGAAUUAUUAGAUGAUCAUUAUCAA